AUGAAAUAUUUAAAGAAAUUAUUUCAAAAAAAUGGAAAUGGUAGGAAUGGAAAUAAUCAAAAUCAUGUUGUUGGUGGAAUGAAUCAUCAUCAUCAUCAUCAUUUGGAUGAAGAAAUAAUUGACACUAAUAGAAAUAUAAUAGCAAUGGAAGGAGAAUCUGAAAAAAUAGAUACAAUGGAAGGUGGAGGGUCAUCAACUGUAUCUGAUCAACCUACAUCAUUGUCAUCACUAUCCUCAUCAUCCUCCAACACUGCAGUUGGUGUUGAUCAACAACAAUCAAUAUCACCAACAACUCUUUCUCCAAUGGCUUUUUCACCUUUAUUAUCAUUAUCACCAAACUCUUCAUCUUCCUUUUCAUCAUCACCAUCCUCUCCACAUUCAUUUUCAAAACAUUUUUUUAAUGGAGUUAUAAAUCGUAGAAAUAGUAUGAAUAAUAAUAAUAACAAUCAAAAUAAUAAUCAAAUUAAUAAUAAUAUAAUUUCCAACAAUAAUAAUAAUAAUAAUAAUAUUCAAAGUAAUAAUAAUAAUAAUAAUAAUAUUUCUUCUUUAAACAAUCAAACAACAACGACAUUCUUUUCAAUAUUCCAUAAUUUUUAUUUAAUUCAAUAUAUUUUCAACAUGGUAACAACUAUAAAUAAUAUAGAGGGUGGAGAAAACUAUUAUCAAAAUCAACAACGUAGUCGAAGUUGUAGUAGUAGUAGUAGUAAUAAUGGAUACCACCCGUAUACGUCAGAGGUAGACAUUUCAGAUAACCGAUCGAGAUCGAGUAGCACGAGCAGCAGCCAAUUCAAUUUUACAUUGAAAAAGAAGUUUUCCUAUUACACGCUCAACGACGUUCAGUGGAUGUGCAUCAACCUCCAUUUCACAUUAUUGGCCGACAAGAUUAUUAAUUGCAAAUCUGGUGUCGAGUUGUAUGGAUGGAGUGAACAUUGCUUUGAAAUAUUAUUCUCAAAGUGUCCGAUACUAGGACUCAUUGAGAGAUUGGUAAAGAUUCGUAAACUUGCCAAAUACUGGACCAAUCCAACCAAGUUUACAUCUGCCAUUGAUUGUGCGGCACUCAACCCAUCACCACUGGUCGUUCGUAUGCUUCAUGAAAGAGGUGCCAGUGCCACACGUGCAGCUAUCGACAAUGCGGCAGGAGUGGGUAAUCUAGAGACCGUCACUUAUCUACAUAAUACUAGAAGUGAAGGGUGUACUGUUGCAGCCAUUAAUCGAGCCGCGGCCAUUGGUCAUCAACUCAUUUGCGCAUUCCUUCUUGAAAAUAGAACAGAAGGUUUUUCAAACUAUGCGAUUGAUCAAGCUGCCACAAAUGGUCAUCUUUUAUGUGUCCAAUAUUUAAUCAAUCACUCUGCCACUACCAACACCAAACCCAGUGCAGGUAUUCUACAACUUGUACAAUCCAAUUCGAAUCGUCGACCAUCAUCUUCAUCAACAUCAUCACACCCUCGCCAAUUACUCAUUGGUUCAAAAAAUCAACCACUAUCAUUAUCGACAUCUUCACUACCACCUCCUCGUUCAUCUUUAUCUUCCUCUAGUACCAGUACAAAUAAUAAUAAUAAUAAUAGUAAUAUUAAAUGUACAAGUGAUGCAAUUGAUGGAUGUUGUAGAAACGGUCAUCAAGAAAUAGUUGCAUUACUUUUAGAAAAACAGGCACCUGUUUCAAAUAUGGCUAUUGACUUGGCAGCAUCGAAUGGGUAUUUUGGGAUUGUUCAAUUGCUUUGUGAACAUCCAUCAAACUAUCCAUCGUCUCAAUCUGCGAUACAAGGUGCGUCGGCAAAAGGACAUUUUGAAAUUGUAAAGUAUCUUUGUAACAAGAGACCUCAAACAUUUACAACUAGAGCAUUCCAUGCUGCAUCUUCUUUUGGUCAUUUAGAAAUACUAGAGUAUUUAUUACAAUUUGAUAAACUUCAAUUUCAACAAUACCUAAAUCAAAAUGAUCAACAACAACCUCAACAACAAAUAUACAAAAUGCCAAAUAGAGUAUGGGAUGUAUCAAUUAUGAAUGGUCAUUUACAUAUUGUAAAAUAUUUACAUCAAUUACAAUUAAAAAGUAGAGGAAGAGGAAUGGAAGGAGAUGGAGAUGAAGAGUCGUCAUCGUUGUCAGUUGAUGUUGGGCAAAUUAGUUUGACAGUUAUUGAUGAUGCAGCAACUGAACCAAAAAACUAUAAUGUCAUUCAUUAUUUAUUGACCAAUUUACUGUCAUAUGACUCAUCAAUAAUGGAUCACAGCCAAUCACAAUUCCCUGAUCGUAAUGCAUACAACUGUCAACACCAACAACACCCAGUUACAUUUAGCAAGACUGCUAUUAUCAAUGCAGCAGAGAAUGGUAAUUUACAAGUACUAUCAUUAUUGUACAGUUUUUGUGAUCGAUUUGGUAUAGUCGAUCCUUUGGAAUUCAAGUACAACAAAAUUGUUGCAAGAGGUUAUGUUUCAAUAUUAGAGUUUUUACUUAAUAACCUAAAACAACAACAAUCAAAAGAAAAACUUUGUAAAGUACAACAAUUAUUUCCAGAAAGUUUUCUUGGAUUGGCAUGUGAAUUUGGACAUGUUGGUGUUAUAAAAUUUAUGUAUCAACGUGGAUUAGCAUCACCAGAUACAACGUCUGAUGAGGAUUUGGUGGGAGCAGUUGAAAAGGCAUCACUCAAUGGAUACUUUGUGAUUGUUGAAUUCCUAAUGGAACAUUAUCCCAAACAAUCCAAACUCGUUGCCAAUUCCAAGUCAAUAGAACAUGCUUCAAAUAGAGGAUAUGUUGGGAUUGUUCAAUACCUCCACGAACACCAUAACAUUCCUAUCCCCAUUCGUGCAUUUGAAUUGGCUAGUUCUAGAGGACACCUUCCAGUCAUCCAAUACAUGGAAUGUAUCGAUGCCAGUACCAACGAAGGUGUUGAAUUUCAUUCUGCCAACAAUCAUUGUUUGAAAUUAGCUAUGCAAAAUGAACAAUAUUCAGUUGUCAAUCAUUUCAACAGUAAAAAGGAUAGGGAUGUUAAAUCAAUCAUGGUCAACUCGAAUUCUUCUUCAUUUCCAUCUCCAUGUACAUCUCCUUCACUUUCAUCUUCUUUACCUACCAAACUUUAUCAAAUUAUUAAAUCUCCAAGAUCAAAUAAUAAAAAAUAA